GUAAAGUUGUUGGACUCCGACCCGGGUACUACAAGGAUUUAUCUUCCCGUAUCCCACAUAGACUCACUAAUUUCUACUUGGAGAACAUGUUGCCUAACUGUAUAAAUACAACAUCCCGCAAGAGGGGAGGGCAUCAGAUAGCAAGCGAUAGCCACGAGGCACAUCGAAGAUCAACCAUGAGCAAGCCUACAGUUAACCUUCGACUCCAAGUCGACAAGUCGUCCUAUUAGUUCUCGACGAAUACUAGUUGAAGGCUAAUGUAAUCGACCAAAGUAUAUGAUAUCGUCACUUUUGUAGUGGGUUCAGCUGAGUGAGCUCAGUAAGAAGACCUUAAUUUCAGUUAGCACUGAAGAUAGGGGAAAUAAAACCUAAACAAAAUCUCCUAACUGAAGAAGAUGCAUGGAACAUGCAUGCAAAAGACAAGGACUUUUGUACUGAGAACCUGAGAUAUUUUUUUUGCAUCUCAAUUACCACCAGAAACGUGACGAUUUCUGGACGGCGAUGGUCACCUCACGGCUCUGUUCAUGGCUGGCUGAUGUAGUGUAUUAUGUAUAGAUAGUUUAGCGUAGUGUGACAGGCACGUCCCACUCUGCAAAUCUUGAAUUUAGUUGCGCCGGUUACGCAAUGUUUGCGUGAUGUUAUGUGCCAUUGAAAUUUUUCUUUUUCUUUUCCUUUUCUUGUAGGGAAAAUAACUGGCCGUCCAUAUAUAUAAAAGUGAGCCAUGUGAAAGAACGGCCCAGAGUAGACAACUCGCUAUCAAGAAGCGAACGCAACGACGGAAAAUUCCAAACGGAAAGCUCAGCCAAAAUACAUGUUUGUUUGUUCUUUUCCCAGGACUUCUAGCUAAAUUGCUGGAUUGUUGUCUCUGGAAAAAAAAAAGAGCUAUCGCCGUAGGGUCGAGGAUUAUCUAUUUUAUCAGUUAUAAAUUAAAAUAUUUGGGAGAUAAACAGAACAGGUAGCUUGGAACAAGUGGUCCCAACAAUGCUGAAGAAAGUUUCUCUGAAACAUAUUUUUCUGAGGGGAGAGAAUAUAUAGAGGUAUACUUCGUCUUAUAAAAACCUACUCUUGUACUGAUAUAACACUGUUGGUUGAUUUUAUCGACUUGUGCCGAUAAGGGUUAGAAGGGGAUCUAAACCACCGGUUUCCUUAUCCUAACAAGAAACAAACUAAAAGAUAAAUUCGUUUUUUUAUGUGAUCGGUACAGAAAACGAAUUCUAAACUAUUUGAGAUAACCCCCGAGCCCCACCAGUGUCGCCUAUAUAAAUAAAGAGAAGGAAGGAGGCAGAUGACGACCGAACUCUCUCUCUCUAAUCUCAAACCCUAAAUUAAUCGCCCGAUCGAUCUAGACACUGGAAGGGGUUCGUGAGGCAUCUCUAGAAGAAGAAAGAAGAACAGCAAUGGCUUCAAACACAGCAUUAGGACAGCUUAAGGCUAUUCAGCUUCUUGAUGGAUCAAAUUAUGUUGAAUGGAGAAAUAAUGUGCUUAUUAACUUAGCCAUGUUGGAUUAUGACUUAGCCAUAAGAGAGGAUCCUCCCGAGGAACCUCAACCGGCUGAAGAACUCAAUAUAAUUGGGGAAGAAUAUGAUAAUCUCAUAUGGGCCUACAAUAAGAAGUUAGCCAACUGGGAGAAGUCCAACAGAAUGUGCUUAACUUAUGUCAAGGGUGCCAUCUCUCCAGAAGUUAUUGGAGGAAUCAUUGACUCUAAUGACAUUAAAACGUAUCUGGCAAACAUUGAAGAAAGUUUUGAAUUUGCACCUGAGACUUAUGCCAAUACGCUUGUAAAUGAGAUGAUCACUAGUCAUUACGAUGGCAAAAGUGGUAUAAGGAAGCACAUCCUUGAGAUGACUCAUAUGGCAAAUCAACUCAGAUCCAUGGAUAUGAAAAUAUCUGAUGGAUUUUUAGUGCACAUCAUCAUGAGAUCUCUUGGUCCUAACUAUGAUCCAUUCAAAAUAAAAUAUAACACUCAAAAAGAGGAGUGGACCAUACAAGAAUUGAUCUUACACUCUGUGGAAGAGGAAGAGCGCCAGAAAGCUGAAAAGCAGAAGAUUAAAGACCGGCUCAACCUCACUAAUGCCUUUGAUAAAGGCAAAAAAGGUCUAUCAAGGGGAAUCCUCUAAUAAGAAUAGCGAGCCAGAGGGUGAGCAGAAGCAAGAAGGGAUCAAGGCCUCCACUUUAGCUGUUCCUUUAAGUACAAGUCCCUACUGCCACUUCUGUGCAUCAUAUGGACAUUGGCAGAGAAAUUGCACACGCUUCACAGCGUGGUUAGUCAAGAAAGGAAACUCGCACCGUCCAAACGGUAGCAAAGAAGGGAGUGAACACUCAGAGUAACUGAUGGAGUGAAGAUGAAAGUGAAGGGUUGUUGGAGACCUCACACUUAGUUUCUCCAGCAGUUGCAAUAAUGUCUCAUUUGUUCACUCUAUUAAGAGAAACUUUACUAGUUUAAUUAUUUAAAGUCAUGUGAGAAACGGGUCAUGUCCGUUAUUUUUCCAAAUAGAACAUGAUAUAUUAAGUGUGAUAAUAAAGUGAUUGGUCUUGUCCUUGUGCACGACAGUCAUAUUUGUUCUUUUGGAUGAUCAUGUGACUAUUAUAAUAAUUGCCUGUAAGGAUAAAAGAUGAGACGUCAUUGAAAUUGUGACAUUGUAAUUGAUGUCACAUUUCUAGGGGAGGUUAGAACGUCUCAUAAGUUGGAGAUAUUCUUUCCCUUGGAUUGAUUUUAGUGAUGUUAUUUAAGCUUUAAGGGAAGAUU